AACCUCCACUACGUAUUCGCAUCAGGAUAGAGCGCACAAGAACUAGAUGCGGAGCCGAUAACCUACAAUAACCUAGGAUUUUUAACCUGAUUGAUUACUGCCGCAGAAUGUUAAGGAGGCAGGGUGCGUCCGGCAGGAGGUCCUAGGCCGGAGGAUACAGCUUUCCCUCGACGGAGGAGACCGUGGCAAAAAAUGGAGGGCCUAAAUGAAGAAGACGAAGGAUUACCAGAGGUAUAUCUCAGUCCCUCACGUCAGUAUAGGACAGACAGAAACUGUGGUCCAAAUGAUAGUGACCAGAAUGUUUGGGAUGACAUUGAGGGGGAGACCUGGGUUCCAUUAUGUCCAAGACUUGCUGACGAUGAGACUGUUACAAGAUUGGAUGAUGACCCUCAGGCUACCUACUCCCUGGGCAUGCGAGAGGAGAUCGAGGGCAUAUCAUCAUUAGAGUCAUCUGCAGCCGGAAGCAGCACAGUUACAAGUGCAAGUCAGUCUCACACAUUAAGUAUCAGUGAAGCUAAGGAGCCCAAGAGGAUGCCAGAAGGAGCUGGGAGCCACGAAGAGGGAUCAUCUCAUUUGCUAGAUGCUGAAACCAAAGUUAAGAAGACUGCAAAAGGAGACAGGGUUGUUGCUUGGUCUAGACAGAGAGGAGAGACUCCUGGGUCUGACUGUCCUCCAGUGGCAGGUGCAGGGGCACCACCGAGAACAUUUAGGCAGAACCUGAAGCUCGACACAAAUUUUUCCUCCCAACAGAGUAGUGAGUUGGUUUUUUCACCUGGUGGUGAUGAAGGUUUCAUGGUUCCUGGAGGUGUUCAUGCUUAUUAUGGUAGUGGUUCUGAUACAGAGGGUCUAGAAUGGAGUAUGGGAGAGGAGUACCAGGCUGAUAGUGUAGCACCAUAUAGAGAUGUGGUGGAGGGAGCUGACAGUGUUACUCCAGUUCCUCAGAAUUACAGCGGUAAUGGCUCUUCAGUUGGCUUGAGAGCCAUGGAACGUAACUCUCCGGCUGGCCUAAGCACACCUGAUGCAGAUGUUGAUGUUACAGUUGCAGUAGCCAGAAAUUUAUCUAGUAGAAAAUCCAAGAAUAGCAUAAGACCUCCUGUGGUUGGUCAGAGUGAGGAACUUCUUGUUCAAGCAUCUCGGAAAGACUUGGGCUCAACAGAUGGUGAAGAAUCCGAGGAAGGAGGUGCCAAGAGACCUCCCAUAAGAGAGGAUCUCUUCUCUGCUCCUGAGACACAACCUGGCUCUCUUGGUAGCCAGUCAGAAAAUACUGACAGUGUCAACACUGUGUUAGAUAUGAGUCGUGGGGAGGUGCAGGGGUGUGAAACAGAAGCAGUGGGCACACCAUUGCUUUCUACACCAUUAACCCUGGAGCCAGCCAUGAGUCAGCCUCACCACAAACCAAAUUUUGUUAUAGGAGGUCCCAUUAGCCCAAGAGGAAAAUUCAGGCAAUUUCAAAACACAGUAAGAGGCAGAAUGCAAGAUGUUAAAGCUUCCCUGGAAAUUCAGCCUGGAUUGAAUCUAGGAGCUCAUGUUGACCGUGAGCAGUUUCUUAGCCAGCCUCCACUCUAUGCUCCUGUUACACCAGUCUGUGAACAGGAAGUGUCUCUUGCAUCCAUGAUAUCAGUUGAAACUAACCAUCCAGAUUCAUCAGAUCGAGUUACAUCUCCUUCGGUUUUAUCAGUAUCAAGUGCUGCCUCAAGCAAAAGACUAGAAUGGGACUCUGGAGCUGAUGUUGGCUAUGCCGGCAAUGCACCUGAACAGAUGUCAGCAUCCUUGAGUACUCUAGAGAGGAUUGCUAUUGGAAACUAUGCAUCUGUGUUAAGAACAGAACCUGAAGGGACAACCCAGGUGAAAGAAAAACUGAAGAAUUCUAAGAAGAGUUACAAAGCAUGUGGAGCAAAAGGUGGUGGAAGUCUUGCAAGUGUUAAGCGUAACAUUCCUGAGGUUAUGGGUUCACUACCUUCUCGAUCACUCAGAGUUCCACAGAUUCGUGAAAGAAAGAUUGUAUCCUCAAGUGAUGAGGAAUUUGACAGCAGACGGACAAGUCCCUCUCAGAGUCCAAGACGGAAACCAAGAAGACGCUCUUCUCUUACUGUUGCUAAAGAUAAUGAUAUUCAGGCAAAGAAAAAUAGUGGGGGACAGUUAAUGCAUGGAAGAAUUAGGGAAAUUAUGGGAGAGAUCAGUAAUGAAGGUAAAUCCAGCAGUCUUGUUGAGCUGAACCAAACAAACAAAAACACUGUGGAAUGUAGAAGAAGUAAUAGCCAACAGUCACUCUUUGUCACUAAUACUGGAAAAGAAGAUGAUGCAAAUAUUGUCUCCAGGAUGAACAAUACCUAUGUGCAAUCAGUUCCAGCAGCCUCAGGAAUAUCACAAAGCACUGUAGCCAACAUUUGUGCAAAUACUUCCACAAGUACAAGCACACUGGUCCAGAGUAUGUCACCUUUACCGGUACAAGGGAUUUAUGCUAGCACUAGUAGUACCUUAGUAGAAGGGGCAUCUCAGGCAUGUUCAAGGUCAGAAUUAGUGAAAAAUAAAUCAUCUGAUGAAGAAGUCUAUUCAUCUCAGUCAUCACUACACCAGUUUAAGGACAAAGCUGGUAUCAUAAAUCUCCAGAGAAGAACUUGUGUUUCCAGUGGUAAUGAUAUCAGCUCAAAGUCACAAGAGAGUUCAGACUUGGAAACUCCAUCAGACAUGAAAGAUACAGAUAUUGACAGUUGUAAUUCUCUCCAGCUAUCAGAUGACGUGCCUGUUAAUCUAAAGGCCAAAAAGAAUAGCAGAAAUGCAAGAAAUCAUGGAAACAUUCGCAGACCAACUGGAAACACGUCUGAGCCAAGGGGUAAGAGCAAGGAUAGUAAAAGUGGCACCAAUCUCAUGGUAGCCAAAGGACAAAAAGAAGUCCAGGAUUCAUCUGAGUCCGUUUUAGAGAGUCAAGUGUCACUGCAAUCCUCAAACAAUUCCCUGCAGGCACUAUCUGCCAAGCUCAAAAAACGAAUUCAGAUACUCCUUGACCAGGGUACAAUGAAGAAAGUGCAGGAUUACAACAAGCUGCAGGACUAUAUUGAAUUCAUUGGCAUACCGUCAACUAAUGAGGAAGAGUGUCGUCUGAAACAUGGUGUUGCUGGGGUCAUCACCAGGAUGUUUGGGGAAAUUGAAGCAGAUGACACGGACGCUUCAAACACAUUCAAUUCUGAGACGUCUGAGACACCAACAACUGACUCUCAUGCCAGUGAAAAUGUAACCCAGAGUCAUAGCAAUAUGGACUUUCCUCCAGUUGAAGGAGAUAGUCUGCCGUCCGAAGAACCAGGCUCUUCUCUGUGCAAAUCUACGAGUGAAAAGGACGAAGGCCAAGAGCGAUCAGUCACUCCAGGGGGAACGAUUACCCUCAAGGCUUACCGUCCUCCGUCUGCAUCACGCACUUAUUUCAUGGCAGUUUCAAGAGAUUGCGAUGAGGGGCUUGUUGAAGGAGAACGCACAGUGACGCCAGAGAGUGGCCCUCCGUCUUCACUAGCAAUUGCACAGGGGCUGGACUUCCACCGAGGUCAGGCAGAGGGCCAAAGGGAGGACACAGAAAGCGGAAUUCCAUCUUUGUCCCCUAGGUCAUGGCAGCAGAUAGACAGGAGUUAUCCCGGCACGGUGGAUGGGUUUAGGAAAGAUGGUACAUCAACUCCUAAUGUCCAGGACAGAGGAAUAAUUGGACAUGAAAUUGUAAAUGAAAAUGAAAAUGAAGAAGACUCCAGGUCAUUUUCUGAAAGUGUGACUUUGCCACCUGAUUGGGGACUUGGAUUGAGGAGAAGCCAAGCUAUGUCUUCAGGUGCCGUUACUUCCGAUGAGUGUUCACCUCGUCACGUUGGUCGUUGGUCUGUUUUGGACAGGAGGUCCAGUUGGCACGAGGAAGAUAUGAAUGGAAGAUUUAGAAACACAGAUGAUUGGAAAACUGCUACCACACGCUCUGAGCGGCUUUACAAAGAUAGACGAGGCACCCUUCAUGUUGCCAAUCAGCCCCCUGGGUACAUGGACGACAGAGACAGCCACCCAAGUGAGUCAACAUCUGAACACGAACAUCACCAGCGCCGUAGCAAUGACACCGAGUCCCAUGAUGAUGGAAGGAGAGGUGCAGCCAGGCCCUGGACUAGCUCAGGUUCAGAAAGCGCUUAUGAGACAAUACGCGAGAGGCACAGACACGUUGAUGAGGCAUUGGCCUCAAGCUUUGAAUUUUAUUCUACCUCACCGAGGGAUGCUAGACUGCUAGGUUACAUGUCGAGUGAUGCAGCUAAAGAUGAGGAGGCAGAUGAGGCAGAGGAACUAGUGCAGGAUGAGUCUCAGGCAGACCAGAUGUUGAGUGCUGCUUCAAGUGAGCAGCUGUCAACAGGAAGACCAGUUCACACAAAGAAGAAGGUUUUACGACAGCAGCACACAGAAGAGCAGAAUUCCACACCUUCCAGUCAUACAGAUGCAAAUGACGUGAGCAGUCAAGUGUCGUUCAUCCAGUUACAAAAGCAGAAGUAUGUGAAGAGGAUACAGCGCCAUAUUCAUACCUUAGAGAAACUGGAGAGGGCUCUGAUGGAACAGCUGGGGGACAGCAUAGGCUCAGAGAAGAGUUUCAGGAGAUGUGUGACUGAAGGCCGCUCACAAACAGAGUCGGAUACAAAUGUCAGGUCUCAGACACGUGACAUCCUUGGACAGUCAGAAACUGCAACAAGUAGCAUCAUAUCGAGUGACUAUAGCGAUGAGGUGAUGGAGAAGUGUAACCGCCUAAAACAAAGCAUGAAGGCAAAUUCAUCCCACAGCAGGAGUAGUGAAAGUCAAGCAGGACAAGAGAGUCGGUCACAAUCAUCGGGAAAAAAAUCUGAGAGUGCCAAGUCGGCCACGGGCUUCAACAGCCUGGGUCAGUCUUACAUGUCUUCACCUCGGGUUGCGCAAAGCCAGAUGGGCUCUGACUUGGCAAGUUCUCGAGCCUCAACACUGAAACGCAUUGAGAAAGAAGUGAAAAAGCUUGCCAUUACGGAGGAGAAGUCCCGCCAGGCAUUGCAUAAAGGGAAGAGGAAGCCUUCAACAAAGUUGAGCUUGAGGGAAGACACCCAUCUACAGAAUGCCAUGAGGAAAAUGCAAAGGGAAGAACCAAGGGGAGAAGAAGGGCCAAAGAAAUCUCAAGUCAAGAGUGCUAGGGAGAUUUCAGACGAUAAUCUGUCCAUUCAAGCCAUAAGGGGUGGCGGUAGCACUCCAGAUGAUGGUAGACAUCUUGCAGAUAAAAGGUCCAAGAUUCAGAAAGGGAAAACAGAAGUAACAUCAGAUAAACAAUCCACAGAUCGAACAAUUUCUAACAGUCAUUUUCUACGGCAAGGUGAUGGAAGGGAAGCAAGGGAUGGUAGUCAGAUGAUAAAAGUGCCUGCAGUGAUGUAUAAAAAGAAUAAUGAUAGGCUUCGGGUAGACUCACCACCGGUUCGAGACAUUCCAAGGAUGGACACAAAGAAAAUUACAAAAUUGCAUGAUUUUGGUCAGAUGUUCCCAAGUGUAGAAAGUUUUUUAUCUGAUGAUGACACCAGGCACAGUUGUAGUGAAGAUGGAAGAAGUGUAGGGAUACAAACAGGAGAAUCACUCUUAUGCUUGGCAAAAAGCCCUGUUGAUAACACUGUGUCACAUCAGCACUCUAAUAAGGUGGGAAAAUUGCACCAGAAAGAUGUUACAAGGUCUGAAAGCACAAUGCGUGAAAGAAAUCAAGCAAAGGAGAAGCAAUCAUCAAGGCCAAGUUCUGGGAAUGGAAGAGACAAGCGUGAAGAUAUACAGAGAAAGAAUGAUGUAGUAAUUGCUAAUAAUGAUAGAUAUUUGAACAGGCAGAUAUAUCCUCAGGAGGGGGAGUCUGAGGGUCAACCAUUCCUGUUAAAGCAGACCUCAAGAAAAGGAGAAGUUAGGCAUAAAGAUAAAACAGUGCUAAGUUCUGCACCUUCUUCCAGGCCUGAAUCAGGUGGAGAAACAGAGAGACAGAGUAGUAACAAUAAAAGCAGAGAGAAGCAGAAAUUCAAUGAAGAUCCGAAGACUUCAAGUAGACAGGUGAUAGGAGAUAGCCAUCCGAGUUACAGAACGGACAACCUUGAGGACAAUAUUUCAAGCUGUAGAGAAGAUCCUAAGAAGCAUUUUAGUGAUGAUACAACCAAAAGAUUUGAGAGGACAGAGUCUUCGAGGGAAGAAGUAAACCUUAAUAAGAAUAAACAUCCUUCUUCAAGGCCAGUCUCAGCCAAAGCAGAGCCUAAGCAAAGGAUGGCUUUAAAUGUUGAUGUUAUGUCAGAUGAAACAAAGAGUAACAUGCAAUUUAAGAAAUCUGGAGACCCAACAGAAUCCUCCUUGUCUUCUCAGCAAGACUUUAAUGAUGAUUCUGGUAAGGAAUACAGUGGUCUCAGUGAUCAAAGACACAAUUAUGUUGGUAAUAUGGAGUUCCAAAGGAAACGACAAGGAAGCCUGAGAUCUUCCGCAGAGGAGCCGCUCUUUGUGCUAAGGGAUAAAACUCAAAGCUCACCAUCACAAGUAUCAUCAACUCAAAGGGGAGAUUCUAAUAAUCUCAGGAGUUACCAUGACCAUUCAUUUCAUAGUGAGGAUGGCAUCCCAUUGCCUGUUAUGAAUAAUUAUGUUAGAGAUAAACAGGAGAUAAAUGAUAACCAAGAGUCUUUUGCAGUGAAAGGAAUGAGAAAGCAACAAAGAAACAACCAACAAAAUGAGGAGUAUAAAAAGCCCGUUCAGUUUGAUAUAUCUGUCGGCAACAAAGAAAAUUAUCUGAGAGAAGAAACACCAAUGAGGAAUCUUAUCAUUGUGCCUCCAGUUACACCAUUAGUGGAGAAACCUAGAAAAGAUAUGACUUUGCAGGAAGCUUUAGCAAGAGCUCGGCCAGGAUAUGUCCAGGGGGCUGAUGAUCGCAGAGCCAUGAUACGCCUCAAGCAGGAAAUGAGACGGGAAGCGCAGAACCACAACCACAAGGUAGUGGCGCAGCUGCCGACCAACCUUCAGACACCUUCAACACUUCAACGUUUUCUGUAUAUAAGCCAGAUAUAGCACCAAUAUUUUCGUACAAGGACAUUCGUAAACAAAAUCAGAGAAUCUACCAAUUGCUCCCUGAAGCCAGUCAUCCGGGCGUGAAGCAGUUUCGCAAAGCACAGAGUCAGACCAAUAGGCUAAUGGCUGGCCUUUAUAGUCAGAAACUGAAGAAGAAGGUGUUGAAAGGUCAAGUAUCGCAUGCCCACAAAGACAUCCUGACGCCCACCUCGCACUGCUACAAGAGAUGAAACUUGUGUCUUCAGAAACAGGAUUGUACUGUGGAUCACCACCGACGCCAUCAGUACAGCCGAGAAUGCAACUGAAUCUCAAGAAAGACAGAUUUACUGUAAACAUUAUUUGUAAAGAAUGUUGGUCAUUGGAAGGAAUUUUAGUGUGUUUUGAGAUGUAGUGGUUUGUGUUUCAGGCUGUUUUGAUGCAAACUAAUGCACAAAAGAUAAAUGACCUUUAUAUUGUCUUGUGUUAUUUUGGUGCUUGAAUUUCAUAUUGCAUGAUUAUGUAUUAAGAAAAACCAAAGCUUCUUUUUGUAAUUUUUUAUUGGUGAAAAGUUGAGAAAGAAAGACCAGAAAGAAAAACAUUACUCAUAAUCUGGCCUUGCGGACCAGCUUUUGCAUGUUGGAAUUUACCCCAACUUCUUUCUCCAGUGAAAAGAUUAUUACCGACAUAAUGCCUAAAUAUCAUUAAGGCAGUAUGUUACCCAUGCUGCUAUUAAUCCAUCUACUUCCAUUAUACACCCAAGAUAUGAAUACUCAAUAAUUGUUCAUAGGACCUGAUGCUUCUUCCAUAUAAUUCUUGUACCUCAUAUUUCUACUUGUUCACAGAAUGUUCUGACUGAAGGGUAUUUUUGAUUAUAAUAAUACCUAAUUUGCCAAAAACAAGGAACAUUUUGCAAAAAAAAAGUUGUGUAUGAUUGAACCUAGCUAGUCCAGCAUUCAGUCUAGUAGCUCUGUGGGAUCAGGAUAGUGAAUUGAAUCUAAAGAUCAUAUGUUCACAUGACUGCUGCCUGGCUGACUGUGCCAUCACGAGGCCCUUCUUCCAGCUGUGUCACCACCCUGCCCUUCUUCCAACUGCGCCACCAUCCGGCCCUUCUUCCAGCUGUGCCACCACCUGGCAUUAUAUCAUUAUUAGUUGCAGGUUUCUGCUUUUUAUUGCUUUGGUGUUGCAGCAGUAUCAGAUAAAGCGCAUUGCAUAAUACCAUAUCAUUUUGUCUUCUUCAUCCAAAGGGUAACUGGUUAUGACAGUCUGCAACUCCCUCAUAAUGAUUUCAACUCCCUAGCCGGCUGGACUAGCUGGUUUAGCAUGUAAUGUACCAUAUAUGAGCCUGCUUAGAUAUUUUAUAGUAUUGUAGGAAAGAAUAGUUGCAUUAUCCCAGAUAUUUCCUUUCAUGUUGUUUUUGUUGCUAUACCAAAGUUGUUAAUUUGUUUAUUUCCAUUUACAUGUGCAUUCGAUUAUGCAAAUACAGUCUUUUUAAAGUAUAUUUAUAUUGAAUAUGAUGUAUGGUACAAAUGCCUUUAAGGAAAUCAUUUUGUAAGUAUUUUUACGGUUUAUAAUAUUUCCAAAAAAUAUAUUUAGACCCAAGUAUUUGCAGUUUUGUUUAUACCCAUAAUUUUUCUAAUUUUUUUCUCAACUUUUGAAAUAAUUUGCGUAUCUUUGUACCUAAAGAGAGCAGAAGAAAGAAGUGAAAAUACUGUUUAAGUAAUGAAUAAACAGAGCAUACAGAAAGUAAAGCGAGAGAUAAUUACAA